UGCAUCAGUAGUGUUAACAGAUUUGUUCGCAGCGUACAUCGCGCUAGGAAUCUGCCGCCGGGGAAGGGAGGGAAACUGACGAUCAGUGGAAGCACAAGCAAAAAAAUGCAGAGAGAUCUGGAGUUGGGAUAGGUUGUGGUAUAAAGUAGUGAUGGCGAGAAAGACUGCUUAUAUUUUAAAUAGCAACCCAUAUGAGCAAAUGGGGGGGGGGGAAUGAAAGUGUUCUGCAAGAUUGCAGGAGCGCGUGAAUCGCGUGCCGGACUGUUGGUAGGAACUAAAUAUCUAGGUCACUGUUGUCUCACUUAAUAGAGUCCCCCUGCGAGAAGGAGGAAGCCGUAUCCGCUCUAGACUAUGCAAUUAGGGAAAAAUGGCCUUCAGAAAUGUGAAACUGUUUGAUUUAUGAGCCAUAGGUAGGAAACAGCUGCAUAUGAGUUUAAGAUGAAAAAGGACUAAGACGUGAGACUUUUCUUUCAGGACGGAUCGGAUUCUUCCUCUGAUGGACUAGUUUUAUAAGAUGAUCCGUCGUUCGCAGUAGGCGGCUCCAUUCGACAAUCCCAAAGUUUUACUGCAAAGAUAAUUUUGUAACAUGACCUCUGCAGCAGAGGAAAAAGAGCUUCAGGAGCGACUGAGAGAAGCCGCUGCUUUGGGGGAUGUUGAAGAAGUUCAGCGAUUGGUGGAAUGUGGCGUCAGUGUGAACUCUCAAAACGAAAUCAACGGCUGGACUUGCUUGCAUUGGGCCUGCAAACGGAACCAUGCUCAAGUGGUAUCGUACUUGCUACAUGCUGGCGCUGAUAAGGACGCUCUGACUGUUAAAGAAGAAACACCAGCCCAGUUAACAUCAAAGAGGGAAAUUAGGAAGAUGCUGGGAGUGGAAGAUGCUGAGGAGCUUCCGGAUGAGAAGAAAGAUUCCGCCUUGCCCAUUAUCCCCAAUUACUUGGCUAACCCACCUUUCCCUUAUGUGUAUAACUCCAUGAGUAGCAGCACUACCAGCACCUCCGCUUCCUCUUUGAAUGGAAGACUUUCCCCUUCCUUAGAACAGUACAAUGAAGACUGCCCCAUUUCUUUACCUCAAGUUCAGGCACCUGGCACUACCAUGUUGCAACAUGAAAAGCUUUCCCCUCUGGGGUCCAAUGGGGACAUGACAAGGGCAAUGGCAGCGGAAUCCCUAGAGCCUGCAGUCCAGAAUGGUCACGGUCACCAGAUGCCUCUUCCUCCAAACAGGACGCUCUCUUCCCCUGUUGCAGCUAAACAGCCUGAAACACAGCCACCAAAUGGUUCCUGUGCUGGACCUGUCCCAACAUUUCAGCCCUUUUUCUUCACCGGAACUUUCCCCCUUAGUAACAUGCAAGAACUGGUGCUUAAGGUCCGAGUUCAAAACCGUACUCUAAAAGAGAACGAUUUCAUUGAAAUUGAACUGGAUCGGCAAGAACUGACUUACAAAGAAUUGCUCAGAGUGAGCUGCUGUGAGCUGGGGGUUAACCCGGAACACGUGGAGAAAAUAAGGAAACUUCCAAAUACAGUAUUGAGAAAGGACAAAGAUGUAUCAAGGCUUCAGGAUUUCCAAGAAUUGGAGCUGGUUUUGACGAUGAGUGAUAAUGACUUUCUGUUUAGAAAUGCUGCACCAACGUUAACUGAAAGGCCUUGUUACAAUAAGAAAGCAUCAAAGUUGACUUACUAGCUAUUCAAAUGAAAAACCUGUCACUAGUAUUUAACAGUUAAACCUAGGAUUUUGCAAGGGCUAUAACCUCAGAUUCUACUUUACCUUGGAAGACAGAGUUAACCUAUAAAGCACACUUACUUGGAAGCAAGUUCUGCCGAAAACAUUUGGGCUUGCUCCUACUUAAGUGUCUGUAGGAUUAGAAUGUCCACUUAGAGUAUCUGCAGUUAAUUUUUGAGUAAACUGGCAGUGAAGUAAUGUUUUUGGAUAGGAUACUAAGCAGCAACAGAUUAUUGCCUCUCUCUUCAUGUAGCAGUGUUUCUUGCUAGGAAAUCAUUACAUCUCUGAACACUGCAGAGUUAGAAGCUCUCAGGGAAAGACUUAAAUUAAAUUGCUCUAAUAAUUGCUACUUAUUAAAAAGAGCAGGAGCACUUACGUUGAAGGAGAGAACCCGGAACACAUUUAACACUUGUAAUUGGAUACUUAGCAUGCAGAGACUCCUAGUAUAACCAGUGUUCAAAUGUGUUAGCUUGAGAAUAAGCUACUUUUGCAGGAGAAGGGGUAAGAGGAAGAAUGAGAAACCUGGGCUCUCAAACAAUAGUUACACUGGCCUUGUGCAGGAGCGGUUGUCCUGUGGCUCUGCAGUUGUUGUUGGA